AUGCGUGUGUUUGUGACCGGUGCUGCUGGCUUCAUUGGCCGCGCCGUCGUCCAAGAACUCCUGCACAAUGGCCACCAAGUCCUGGGCCUUGCUCGCAGUGACGCCAACGCCGAGAUCCUUACCAAAGCUGGUGCAGAAGUUCACCGAGGAAACUUAGAAGACCCUGAAAGCCUAAAGAGCGGCGCUCAUGCCGCAGACGGUGUCAUCCACUUGGCUUUCAUCCACGACUUCAGCGACUUCGCCAGGGCUACCAAAGUCGAUAGAGAAGCCAUUGAAGCCAUGGGCGAGGCAAUGGCAGGGACAGGGAAGCCGCUGGUGAUCGCUUCUGGCACGUUAGGUGUGUCCAAUGGGAAAUUGGCGACCGAAGACACGGAGCCCGCACGCGACGACCCAAUGUCCAUUCGUUACGCCUCGGCAGACUUGGUCUACGCACUCUCGAAGAGCAAGCAAGUGCGAGGUUCAGUGGUCCGACUCUCGCCUGUCGUUCACGGCGUGGGAGAUUGGGGGUUCGUUCCAAUGCUCAUCGGCAUGGCGCGGAAGAAUGGCUAUGCCGCUUAUGUCGACGAGGGCUCAGCUCGAUGGCCUGCCGUGCAUAAGUUGGAUGCUGCGGUCCUGUUCCGCCUCGCACUGGAAAAGGGUACUCCUGGCUCGACCUACCAUGCCGUGGCUGAACAAGGAAUACCUUACAAAGACAUCGCGACGGUGAUUGGCAAGCACCUUCAGCUGCCAGUGGAAAGUAAACCUCUCAGCGAAGCUACGGCAGCCAUGGGAAUGAUGGCACAUCUCACCAGCAUGGAUGCACCGACCUCGAGCGAGAAGACGCAGAGAGAACUGGGCUGGAAGCCAUCGCAAAUUGGCCUGCUGGCGGACAUGGAAGCCAACUACUUUUCUUAA